UCAGGGUUAGUUUCUCUCUUUUCUUCUCCCAAAAAAUUGGACACACAUUCUUGCCGCAACAAGAACCAUAUCACAAAAUCACAAUAAUCUGAAAAUAAAAUAAAAUGUCGAGUUUCGCUUGCCAACGUCUUUCUAGAACUUUCCGUGACAAUCGUAGAACCGCUACGAUUGUUCUCCUCUGCACCGCCGUUAGUGGUGGCGGUUAUUUUGCUUAUGGUCAGUUAGCACCACCGGAAGUUGUUACCGAUAGGAAAAAAGUGGUGGUGUUGGGAACUGGAUGGGCGGCAACAAGUUUUAUGAAGAAUCUGAAUAGUCCGAAGUAUGAAGUUCAGGUGGUUUCGCCUAGGAAUUAUUUUGCAUUCACUCCUUUGUUGCCUAGUGUGACUUGUGGUACAGUUGAAGCGCGCAGUAUUGUUGAACCUGUUCGCAAUAUUUUUAGGAAGAAAAAGGUCGAUGUACAAUUCAGUGAAGCAGAAUGUUUCAAGAUUGAUGCUGAAAAUAAGAAAGUUUAUUGUCAAUCUAAUGCAAACAAUAGUUUGGAUGGGAAAGAAGAAUUUGUUGUGGACUAUGAUUACCUAAUCAUCGGAGUGGGCGCUCAAGUCAACACAUUUAACACACCCGGAGUGGUAGAGAAUUGUCAUUUUUUGAAGGAAGUUGAAGAUGCCCAGAAGAUUAGAAGAACAGUUAUUGACUGCUUUGAGAGAGCAAAUUUGCCCGAAGUUAGCGAGGAAGAAAAGAAGAGAAUUCUUCAUUUUGCUAUUGUUGGAGGCGGGCCAACUGGAGUAGAGUUUGCAGCCUCACUUCAUGACUUUGUCAAUGAGGAUUUAGUCCAUUUAUAUCCUGGGAUAAAAGAUUUAGUAAAAAUUACACUUCUAGAAGCCGGAAAUCAUCUUUUGAGCAUGUUUGACAAAAGGAUCACUGCUUUUGCUGAAGAUAAGUUUCAAAGAGAUGGGAUUGAUGUGAAAACUGGAUCCAUGGUUGUGAAGGUAGAUGAGAAAGAAAUCUCUACUAAAGAGCUGAAUAAUGGAGGAAAGAUUACUUCAAUUCCAUAUGGAAUGGCUGUCUGGUCAACUGGUAUUGGCACUCGUCCAUUUAUUAAAGAUUUCAUGUCACAAAUUGGUCAGGCUAGCAGACGUGCCCUAGCUACUGAUGAAUGGUUGAGAGUCGAAGGAUGCAACAAUGUAUAUGCACUCGGUGAUUGUGCGACGAUAAAUCAGCGAAAAGUCAUGGAAGAUAUUGGGGCUAUCUUUAAGAAGGCCGAAAAAGGCAAUUCAGGAACACUUACAGUCAAAGAAUUUCAAGCAGUCAUGAAUGACAUUUGUGAACGAUACCCUCAGGUUGAGCUGUAUCUUAAAAAUAAACAGAUGCGCAACAUUGCUGAUUUAUUGAAGGAAGCUAAGGGAGAUGUCCAGAAAGAAUCAAUUGAACUAAAUAUCGAAGAACUCAAAACAGCACUUUCCAAUGUGGAUUCUCAGAUGAAAUUUCUCCCUGCUACAGCGCAGGUUGCAUCUCAGCAAGGAACUUACCUAGCCAAAUGUUUUAACCGGAUGGAAAACUGUGAAGCAAAUCCAGAGGGUCCUCUCAGGUUCAGGGGAGAAGGUCGCCAUCGCUUCAAACCCUUCAGGUACAAGCACUUAGGUCAAUUCGCUCCUUUGGGAGGAGAGCAGACAGCUGCCCAGCUUCCUGGGGAUUGGGUUUCAAUUGGUCACAGCAGCCAAUGGUUGUGGUAUUCUGUCUAUGCAAGCAAGCAAGUUAGCUGGCGUACAAGGGCAUUAGUAGUCUCAGACUGGGCCAGGCGUUUUAUUUUUGGCAGGGACUCAAGUCGCAUCUGAGGAAGUUAAGCAUUUUCCUGAAUCUUUAUUGACGUCAUGAAGAAGGUCGUUAGUUUUAAAUUUCUUUUGAAAUAGGUAAAAAAAAAUGUUUCGAACCACAAUUUCUUUUCUUAAACAAACCUCCCCCAAUUCUUUGAAUAACUGCAAAAGCACACUCGUUGCUGCCUUGUUGGGCAAGGCAUAACUGGGAAUUUUUCAUGAGCAGAUUCGAUUCAAGUAUGAAUUGUCUUUUUUCUGCUUUUAAAAUUAGAGUUGCAGCUUUAGUUUGCCUCCGAGUUUUGGUGAUUAUGUUUGUUUCGGAGCUGCUGGCUUUUACUAUACCCAAUUAUUGACAUUAUAGUUAAUAGUAUUAUAGUUAUAGUUACUAUUCUCCUGUUAUCUCUUCGAUGUCCUUGUCAGGAAAAUUACUGAAACUUUGUUGAGUAGUACUUUUUAAGUAGGAAAUUAUAUUUACACAUCAUGUUUUGUUUAUUGCU